GACCAAAUGAUCUACCCACCUUGCUGAUGCACGUUAGCUGCCUUGACAUUCAGCCUGCACUGAGGCACUCAGAGGAACGACAGUCAGCUCAUUCACCUCCGUUUUGUCGCCAAUGGCUCCGCCGGCUCAAUAACGGAGCUACCGCUAAGGACCAUCCCUCGUCCCUCGCCAGUAGAUAAUGUUGAGGCAGAUUCGCUCCGCAAGCGAAUUCAUCACCCGCGCUAGCGAAGCCAAGGUUAGGUUCUCUGGCAAACCUGCUGCGAGGAAGCGCUCUGCAAGCCAAUCGUUCAUCCUCCGCAAAAGGCUAGACCGCUCUGAUGGUGCACACUGCCCUGACCGAUACCAAGAUGAUGUGCAGAGGCCUAUGCCUUGCCGCAAAAAGCGCGUACGCUGCAGUAGUACAGUUCCGCGUAGAUUGAUCGACUCGGUCCUCCUCGGCUACUCCGAACCAAGCGCAGCAACGUGUGCUCUGCAGAGGCACCUACGGUCAUCAAUCGUCCAGGCUUAUUGCAGGCAGGCUGCUCAGCAUGAAUAAUCCAUAGAAAGGGUCAUAGAAUCGGGGAGAUUCACGCUUGUGGGCGCGCUGAGACCGUGUCCAUGUUCACGCUCCGCUACGAAACCGAGCCAAAGGUCGCCAUUGAGCAGAUUCGGCAAGCAUGAUUGCUGCGUGGACGGGGGCUCUCCACCCUUAGUCAUGCGCAUGCAUGCAUGCCCACCCAAGCCUGAACCUUGUGCUGUUGCGAGCGUUGCAAACCUCGACCGCAAUGGGGUGGCUUUAAGCCGCAUACAGGCCGAUGUGGACCCGUUGAGAUUGCCCGCUCUCAAUGCGUUGCUACCGCAUGUCUCACUUCGCUCACCCUCACCAUUGCCAUUACUCCUUCUCCAGCCUUUCGCCUCACCCAUUUACUCUUUCAUUCGUUAGCCUCCCCUGUCCAUCUGCUCGUCAGGUCGCACCCCCCAUCUUAUCAUUCUCUUCGGAUCGUACAGAAGCGCUGUGCGCAUCUGCAAAUCUUGUCUCAGGUCGACGCCGCCGCUGCGGGUUCGAUCAGAGCCCUGUAGAGCUACGUCUGCUCUGCCCUCGGUAACUGCCGCACCAACCUUCACUCGCGCCGAGGCAGGACCCGGCCACAGUCCAACUCGCUCAACGCUCAUUGCCUUCGCCACUCUUUCGCACGCACUCGAACGCGCAUCGCAGUUUCUUGCGCUUAGCCUUCUUCAGGCGGCUAUACCAAGCAGCUCGAUCUGUCCCCGAUCGAGUACAUUGAUCGCUUCAUCAGGCCAGCGGUCUUAGCGCCAUCUUCAAUUUCAGCAUCCAUCGGAGUGUUGGACCGGCAAAGGGCAUUGAUCAGCUCACCAGUCUCAGGUGAGUAAUUGGAGGUCGAGCUGCAGGUGCACUCAAGGGUUCGGAUAAUUCGGCUCGGUGAGCUGCAGUCGUGUGUGGGAACUUUGCGGACCUGCCGUGCUUCACUAGCGGAACCAAAUCCUAAUUGGUCAUGGCUCACUUACGUACCUUGCCUGCCCUGUGCACAGAUCUCUUGUCAGACGUCUGUCCGCUCGAGAGCGGGGAACGUGGACGGAGGCAAUCGUUUAAAGCGAGAUCAUCCCUGCGCGGAAGCCUAGGCGCAUCCCCCGCAUUAUCCUCAGCUUCGAUCAGCAGCGCUCCUUAGGCGUGGUAU